AUGAAUACUCUAAAUAAAGAAGUAAUUGCCAAAGUUUUUGAUUUCUAUUGUAAACAGCAAUAUGUGUAAGGAUAGCAUGCAACAUUUGAAAGGCAAUAAUAUGAAGCUUCAAUAUUUACAAUAGGGAAAUGGAUGCAUUUUUGUAAAGAUUUCUAAAUUAAAGCAAAAAAUUAGAGAAUUUUAGAACUAUUUAAGAAAUAUGCAAAAAAUUAAAAAGAAUUAAAUUAUGAAUCAUUUAUUUAACUGUUAAAUAUGAUUGCAAUUGAGUAAGGCUAUGAUCAAGAACAAUUUAUUGUAAAUUUAGGUUUAGAUAACUGGAAACUAUGUUAAUAAAAAAUGAAACCAUUUUAGAAACCUUUUCAAAUGAGAGAUCAAGAGGAGAGAAUUAAAGAAGUUAAAUAUGAAUAUAAAAUAUUUCACCCUAAUGUUAAAGAUGAUGAGUAAAUCAAAUAAAUCUUGUAAUAAAGAAAGGAAUAAAGUGAAUAUAUAAAAUAGUUAGAAAGGGAAAGAAAAGCAUAUUAUAAAUUAUAAUUUGAGCUAAAACACUCUACAAAAUCAUAGUUAAUUUAAAAAUAUCCAAAUAUGAUUAAUCUUAUCGAGAAAUUACCAAAUCCUUCUAAACCAACAACAUGUUCUUACAUGAAUAGAUCGAAAAUAAAUUCAUAGAAUGCUUUAGAAUAAAAGAAAUCAGGUUUAACAUGGGAAAGUUUAAACAAUUUACCUUUAGCUUAGGAUUUUGUAAGAAAUUUAGUGGAUGAUGAAGAGGAUCAAUUUUUAUAAGAAUAUUAAUUGAAUAGUAAAUAAAGUAGUGUUAAUCGACAUAAACCUUUAUAAAUUUAAUAGAUUGAUAGAUAAAAAAGAUCAUUUUCUGAUUACAACAAAGUUUAACCUAAAAUUAAUUUAAGUUAUGAUUAAAUUCCAAAAACUUAAAACUAAAAUAGACAAUAAUUAAUAAUUUUGAAUGAAAGAUAAGGUUUAAAAGUAAAAGCUUUAUUAGAAAAUUUAGAUAACUCAAAUGAAAAACCUUAUAUUAAUCAUAAUAUUGAAAGACACUAAGAUUCUCUUCAAGUGACAAAAAAAAAGUUACUUCACUAAUAAUAACUAUAGAAUUAUUAAAAUUAUUCAGUUGAAUUAACAAGAGAAAGGCAGAAUUCUUAAAUGUUGAAUAAUAUUUCACUUUAAAAUGAAAAACAAAAUCCAAAUAAAAUAAGCAAUUAAAUUCAAAAAAGAGUAUAUGAAAUAUAAGGCAUAUAAGCAACGAAAGAAAAAAAUCUGUUAAAUUCAGUUGUGUCUUACUAGAGAGAGAAAAUUAAAAAAUAAUAAAAGUGA